ACUGACCGUGUCCGUCUGUUGCAACGGCGAGAGAGAAAGAGAGAGAGAGAGAGAGAGAGAGGCAAGAAAGAGGAAAGAAACGCCCCGGAAAGAGCGAGAAAGCAGCAGAGGAAGUGACGGAAAAAGGAACAAACAGACAUAAAAAAAAAAGCGAAAUAAUAAAAAAAGAAAAAAGGAAAGCUAGAAAUGGUGGAAGAGGAAACGCCAAAAUCAUCAGCGUUCCUUGAGGACCAGACCAACAACAACAACAACAAAAACAGCACCGCCACAAACCCUAACCCUAUGGCUCCUCGCGGCGGCGAUGACGAUGACGAUGGGCCUGAGGAAGGAGAGAUCGUCGGCGAGGAUGAUUCCGCGUCUUCGAAGCUUUCCAAAGGAUUAGUCCAUCAGACUCAUCCCUUGGAAAACUCCUGGACCUUCUGGUUCGAUAACUACUCUGCCAAGUCCAAGCAAGCUGAUUGGGGUAGCACUAUGCGCCUGAUCUAUACCUUUACCACUGUCGAGGAGUUCUGGAGUGUUUACAAUAAUAUACACCAUCCAAGCAAAUUGUCUAUUGGAACAGACUUACAUUGUUUCAAAUAUAAUAUUGAACCGAAAUGGGAAGAUCCUGUUUGUGCUAAUGGAGGGAAAUGGACUAUAACCUAUGGUAGAGGGAAAUCAGAUACAUGUUGGUUGUAUACGUUGCUGGCAAUGAUUGGAGAGCAGUUUGAUCAUGGAGAUGAGAUUUGCGGUGCAGUUGUCAAUGUCAGAAAUAGGCAAGAUAAAAUAUCUAUCUGGACCAAGAAUGCAUCAAAUGAAGCCGCUCAGCUGAGCAUUGGGAAACAAUGGAAGGAGUUUCUCGAUUACAGUGACACAAUAGGUUUCAUAUUCCAUGAUGAUGCAAAGAAACUUGACCGAGCUGCCAAGAGUCGCUACACAACAUGAUCUGUAUAGGUUUUUAGCUAGGGCUUUCCAAGACUGGCAAAUUGUUUUCUUAAUGUAACAGCAUUUUAUAGGAAUGCUAGAAACUUGUUUUUUGCCUCUUUCUUAUUAUGUGACCUUACUACAAAAAAUUUAGAAUGGAUCAGUAUAAUAAGACAUAUAUAUAUAUAUA